CACGCUUCACCGGGGGCUCAGCGCCGGACGCCGGACGGUGCUUUACUCCACACGGUGUACGGAAUACACGGCAUUGAAGCUCUUGAAUAUUUCUUCCUCUGGGCGCGUUUUGGUCGUAAUCUUCCUUUCUUAGCCUGAAGGCCUCGACUCGAGGCUAGUAGAGGGAUUUGGCAUGCAGAAGACCCAAUGCACUCACUUGCUUCACGGGAAACAAUGAUUGGAAUGGCAUCCUCUGUUCUCUCGUUCAGGCAGCUGUGCUCGGGAUGCGCUCGACGGAUCCGGGUGCCGACCGCAGCGCCGGCUCCGGUGUGGCGGAGACCCCUUGCCCUCGGCGCCCGGAGGGACUCAUCGCCAAUCUCUACAGUUACGCUAGCAUAUGACUUGCACCAGCCGGCGAAGCCCGUGGCUGAUAAACAGACAUCCCCGCUCAUUGUCAUGCACGGCUUGUUUGGUUCCAAGAAGAAUAACCGGACGAUAAGUAAGGUCCUCGCUCGCGACCUGGGCCGUCACGUCUAUGCUUUGGACCUUCGCAACCACGGCGAGUCACCACAUGAUGAGCGGCAUGACUAUCCUGCCAUGGCGGCCGACGUGGCCAACUUCAUCCGACAACACGGGCUGAAAGAGCCCACGCUGAUCGGACAUUCUAUGGGCGCCAAAACUGCCAUGACCCUUGCCCUUCAGGAGCCUGAUUUGGUCGCCAACCUCAUCGCCGUCGACAACGCGCCCGUCGACGCUCGUAUAUCCUCGGACUUCGCCCGGUACAUCCAGGGCAUGAAGAAAAUCGACGAGGCCGACGUCACGCGCCUGGCCGAAGCCGACAAGAUUCUCGAGCCGUACGAAAAGGACCUCACGAUACGACAAUUCCUUCUCGGCAACCUGCACCGCCCGACCCCGGCCAGCAAGGCGCAGAAGUUCCGCGUGCCGCUGCACAUCCUGGCCAAGGCGCUCGACCACAUGGGCGACUUCCCCUUCAAGGACCCGAACGAGGCCCGUUUCGCCAAGCCGUCGCUCUUCAUCCGCGGCACGCAGAGCAAGUACGUGCCGGACGAGCUGAUUCCGCUCAUUGGCCAGUUCUUCCCCCUGUUCGAGCUGGUCGACGUCGAGGCGGGCCACUGGGUCAUCUCGGAGAAACCCGAGGCCUUCCGGCAGGCCGUGCUUCGGUUUUUGGAACCCAAGGAGUAGCAUCAGGGUAUCGGCCGGA